AUGGCAGAGAAGGAAGGAGGAAUUGUCAAGACUGGCCAUGAAGAGGGGAUGAGAAUGGCAGUUGCACUUCUUGAGGAGUUUGGACUCCCCCUGGGACUUCUCCCCCUUGUAGACGUGAUUGAAGUAGGAUUUGUUAGGAGCACCGGCUACAUGUGGAUCCUGCAAAAGAAGAAGGUGGAACACAACUUCAAGAUGAUUAGCAAGCUUGUGAGUUAUGACACUGAAAUAAGAGGUUAUAUUGACAAGAAGCAUAUCAAGAAGCUCAAGGGAGUGAAGGCCAAGGAGCUCAUGCUCUGGCCUCCGGUCAAUGACAUAACUGUUGAUAGUCCCAAAAUUCACUUCAAGAGCCUCGCUGGCAUCACCAAGACCUUCCCAGCCGAGGCGUUUGCUGCCGGCCAGUAAACACAUUUGGAGUAUUUAGUACUCCAUGGUCCACCAGGAGUUGGAAACAGCUCCAUAAUAGCUAACUAUC